AUGGCGGAGGAGAGCCAGCCGCCGCGCUACGUGAAGCUCACCCGCGACCAGGAGGCGCCCGCCGAGGACAUCUGCCCCGGCGAGCUCAACCAGCCCGUCCACGUCCCGCGGCCCGGGUGCAGGAGGUGCGCCGAGUGCGGCCAGGUCCUGCCGGAGUCCUACCACCUGCCGGCCGACGAGCCCUGGAGCACCGGAAUCUUUGGAUGCACCGCCGAUCCCGGGAGCUGUCGAACUGGAUUGUUCUGUCCAUGCGUGUUGUUCGGGCGCAAUGUUGCGGCUCUUAAAGAGGAUACCCCAUGGACAGCACCUUGUGUCUGCCAUGCCAUCUUCGUGGAAGGAGGGAUUACGCUUGCGAUUCUGACUGGAAUAUUUCAUGGUGUUGAUCCAAGAUCAUCAUUUCUCAUAGGCGAAGGUCUAAUGUUCAGCUGGUGGCUGUGCAGCACCUAUACCGGCUUUUUCCGUCAGGAGCUCCAGAGAAAGUACCAUCUCAAGAACUCGCCAUGUGAUCCUUGUAUGGUGCAUUGCUGCCUGCACUGGUGCGCGAACUGCCAGGAGCAUCGCGAGAGGAGGGGCCGCCUCGCGGAGCGGGAGGAUGGAGUACAGAUGACCAUCGUCGACGCACCUCCGGUGGAAGAGAUGGGCAUGCCAAGAGAAUCAUCGUGCUGCCUCUGAUCAAGGGUGCCUGGCACGUAUACAUAUGAGCCGCCCAACAACCAAGAGAGAUAAAUCAGGAAAAUAAGAGAAUUUUGAUUCAUUAAGUUAUAUAGCAUGAGUGAGGGAUUGAGGCUGAGAUUGAACUCCAUGACCAACCAGGUAGGUAGGCAUACUGUGCGUUGGUGCUGACCUCAGCUGCUGAUCAGUCGGUCAAAUGUUCUUAUG